AUGAUUAUCAAUGGGGUAAAUUACGCCCCAGACGAACUGGAACACCAUUUCGAAAAAGAGUUUAUUCAAGGAGCAGUCCCGGGCUUUUUCUGCUGCUUUUCCACUUUACCUCACUCGUCCGACACAGAGGAAAUUGUUGUUGCUUACUUGCCAUCGGUUGAGGAGAAUGAUACCCGAGCCCGGAUCGGAACUCGCGAUAGGAUAGUCGAUGUUAUCGGCUUGCAUACAUCUUCGUCUGCCAUCGUUCUACCUCUCACGGUCGUUGAUCUCAAGCCAUCGGCACUAGGAAAGCUGCCCAGGGGCGCAAUCAAGUCGGCUUUCGAGAAGGGUGCGUACGCCCAGCAACUGCUUGAAGCAAAUGAAGGCUACAGAAGAGAACUUGACCUUGCAGAGGAGACAGUCUCUCCUCUUGAGAAACUCAUCCGUCACGAAAUACAUGAGUAUUUCCAAGUCAAAGGGCCGUAUCUCAGCAUCGGAAGAUCUAUGUUCUUGCUCGGCGCUACGUCAAUGGACCUCAUCAAGAUUGGGCGUCUAAUUUCGAACCGGCUUCAGUUACGAGAAAGACUCACGCUCAGCCAGGUCCUGAGAAACCCGACGCCUCAAGGCCUAGCUAUAGCGAUUGAGGGCGACCAUCUCUGAGUCUUCAGCAACUCGGAUCGUUGGCUCGAGCUAGGCCUCGGCGAGGAGGAGUACGUCAAGUGGGCAGAUAUGGCAUCUUCGCUCCAGCACCUGACUCGAGACUACGAACCACGG